CAGCAUUUUACGCGCUCUACCACUAUUCGAUCACGCUCGCGUCCUGGUCCCCCGACCACGCGCCAGAUGUCCGACCACUUCAAUCUCGCGCCCCCACUUGUUCCUGCUGGCAAGUCUGGGGAUCUUCUCGCGAGCAAUCAGGCCUUGGCGUCGACUUUCUCGCCAUUAGACAACUCAUUCGCCGUCUUCCUAACCAAUGCUCCCGCGAAGCUACCAGAAAAGCGGCCCCCUGACGAAGAACAGCCUGUCUACUUUGGGGGUCUAGAUGAGAUACCAUCUGCCGAGCGAAGAAUGUUCGUCACGGACUCGUCGGUCAUCUUCAGUCAAUUUCAACAAUUGCUUCAAACAGCUCGUGCCCACGGUUCGGGAUGGAUGGACGAGGACGAGAAUUACGCAGCGGUGCGGCAGUUUGGUGUCGAAUACGUGGCCUUUAUCAAGGAUAGCUGGGUGCUUGCGUCGCAACCUGCCUUGCGACCCGAUGGUCCACUUCAGUUCUCACCCGAUCACUAUCGUAUCCUCUGCACCUGCUUUGCCAUAUUUGUGCUGGUAUAUAUGCCCGAACCAGGUGCAGAUGGUGCACCGGUUGGGGAAGAACUCAUGGAGUGGCUCAAUAUACAUUACAUUGAGCCUUCGACAGAAGAGGGUGAUCAUCUUAGCUCGCUGGGAUCCCCUUGGCAAGACGAAUCUUUCUGGCCGUAUCUCACCAGGGCGACUAUUCGGGGGCUGUCCAAAGCAUCCGAGUUUUUCUUCAAGAUUCUCUCCAAACAUCCAUCCGAAGAUUUACAAGAGCUGGCAGAGAGCAUGGCCAGUCUUGUUUCGACUCAACCCCGGAUUUCUAACUUUGACGUCGAGCGUGACUUUGCAUACGCUUUCCGCCGAUGGAGGGACAAAGUGAAGGCCGUGCGAGUCGAGAUGGAAAAGGUUCCCCAAUCUGAUCGAUCCGACGAGUACGAAAAUUGGUGGGACCGGUUGAGUGACAUCGUUGGUGUCCUGGAGGGUCGACCCGAAGUGGUUCAGCGGGUGUGCGAAGAACUCGGUGCUGACUGGAAAGAAGUCUGUGCAGCUUGGGGUGUCUUUGUUGACCCAAGGCUCCGGCGGCAGGACAUUCCUGAUGUUGUCGGACGAAUCCUCGAGGAUAUGCCGCCUGACCCGACCAAUCGAGAAGACAUGAUUCACGCUGCCUUCCUCGGGGGAAAACCUAUCCAAGCCCUUGAACACGCCUUCCACUUGGACCGAUGGUUGUCGGCUCAUCUCGCAGACAUCAUGAGUCCGCUCUCCAUCCUCGGUACCAUUACGGGAGAAGAACUCUCUCUCCGGGAUCAUUACAUACUGAGCUACGCAGAAUAUCUGCACGCCGACCCAGCUCUAUGGCGGAUAACCGUCGACUACAUGUACACCUGCCAACAUGUUGGAAAAGAACGCGCCGACCACGUGCUGGUCCGCGUUCCGCUGAGGUUGAACCAGCAAAAGGCGUCUGGUCUUACCGAUGGACUCAGUGAAGGCGAGAUACGCGACGGAAGUGUCGUUGGAGUCUUGAAAGAUGUUAAUCAAGCCUGCUUCGAACAUCGGAGAGAGUCUGCUCGUAGGACUAUUGCCGCACAGACGUUUGUCCGCGAAAAACACUACGGUCUGGCGGUCUCCUAUUCAUCUUCAGCUGAAGAUUGGCAAGGUCUUGGCCGUAUCGUCGACCGUGUUCUGGAUGAGUACAUCAUCAGCGGGCCGGCGAGCUUCGCCGGAUUCGCUUCAGACAUCGCACCGUCACUGCAGAGCCUAAGUGUCAAGGAUGGAUCAACGCAUGGGGUCUUCUUACAUCGCCUUGUGUUCGCUGUCCGUUACGCCAACUUCUUACAGCUGUGUAACCGACAGGAGCUUCAAAAUGCUGCGUCGGACAUCGUAGCCAUGUUUCGGGAUGAUGUUGCGCCCAAAUCCUGGUGGGCCGUGAUGCUGUACGAUUCGGUCGAGCUUUUGCGUUACGGCCCGACGCUUCUCUUCUCGACUUCUGGGGCUACGGCGUUACUAUGCAAAUUGGAGGAGAUUUUCACAAGGUCUGCGCAAGGCGCUGGCAGUGAUUAUCUGGAUAUGUUCGCUCGAACGAUCCGAGGGGCUGGCGACAAGGAGGCAUUGGACCGAUUGAAAACCGUCCGACUGGCUCUGGCCAAGUAUCUGGCAAGAUCUGCUGUACUUGGUGCUUGACUUUUCAUCCAUGUACCUCCAGCACGAAAAGUUCCCACCCAUUCAAUGGCAAACAGACUGUUGGGAAUGUAUUUGGAUUCUACUUUUGUCGAAAUCAAAUAGAGAACCACCCUCGGUGACGAUUACUGUUUAUUACUCUGCUUGAGAGGGUAGCAUGUGUCCUCCAGGGGCCAAUGCAUGAACGAUCAACAGAAAGCUCGAAUGGUGCACCCACGGAUCCCGGUAGUGCCAAGGAGUCGGUUCGGUGUCCAGUAUCUACUUAAGCCUUGUUCGUCAGUCAAGGGCUCACCCAUUCGACAUGUGCCGCAAAUAUCUCUACAUGACUGAGCACUCUUGCGCUCAUCAGCUGGCCCAAAGCCGUGUCCAAGCCGACUGCAAAAGCCCGCGAUGUGCCCUGAGCAAAUACCACGACCCGAAUCCCCAUGAUUGCCCGGGCACUUGCGCUCAGCAACUCCAGCCUCCUGUCAGAAUCGUCGUGGAACAUCGCGGGGGAAGCUGUGAUGAAUGUGCACUUCGCUAGCCGUAGCUUACAGUGCCUAUGCUAUGGUCUUUCUCUCGCGUUCACUUGAUGGCUAGCAGAGAUCUAGGGUGACGCAUUCACUGUCUGCUCCGGAGCUAGAGGCUCUCCGCCUGAUUCCAGCCUCGGUGGCAUUAACUCAAUCUUAGGCAAUCUGGGUCCCGGAUCAGCACUCGCAGAAUUUCCGGUGCUGAUCCGUUGCUUUGCGCGCCCACAUGACGUCAAAAUUUGUAAUCAGCUGUCAAUCCUUGUCCGGGAAAUGAGUUCCAGAAUCAUGUCGCAAAAUCGUGGCCGAUGCUGGUUGAGUCGUCGAACUUCAUUCCUGCCCCGUCGGCAUCAGCUCUUCACCUUGAGAGUUUACUGAUAAUAGCCCAUACUCGUGCCCACGUUUGGAACCUCUUGAUGUCUCUUUUCCGGCUUGCGGAUCAUCGAUUCGUCGACUCGCGCGUGCGGACACAAAUCGCAGAUAAAUGAGUGGGACGAGGAGAGCACUCCCAAACGUCGAUUCAGGAACGAAAACUCCCUGAACGUAGAGCACUAGAAUAUGCAAGCUUUCGUGACUUACCUCAAGGCUCCCGAUGCGAGCUUGGACUCUCUUCUUGGAUCUGGGUCUCACAGUCCCCGGGCCUGUGAAGGAGUCAGGACAGUGUUCUCAAGUCAUCCGAGAAGCUGGCACUACUCGGCUCAUUUCCCGACACAUCAGAUAAUGUAGGCGACACUCAUGGAGAAGUGUAUGGAUUGGGAGAAGAGGAAGCGAGGCACGGUGGGAAUAUGAUCAUGCAGUAAAACAGCCGAGUGACCUCGAUUUGAAUUGAAAAUUUAGAUUGUAAAUACAUCUUCCCUUGCGACCGCCAUUUCUCUCGGUACAUCAAACAUGGGGUUCUGCUACAACGAUGGAUGCCUCGAGGCGGCAGAGCAGAGGUGCUCGAACUGCAAAGAAGUGACAUAUUGCGGUGUCGCCUGCCAGAAGGAAGCAUGGUCUCAUCACAAAUAUGAAUGUGAGAUGAAGCGCAUCUGUCGGGAAGCACAGGAGGGAAAAGAAGACCAGUCCCCCGGGGGGAGACCGCCGACGACCCACUGCACCGGGUGCAAUAUAAGAUACGACGACGAGGGGGAUAUGCCUGACUCUGAAUGCCCCGACUGCGGAUAUUCUGCUUGCGAAAACUGUGCUGUCGAUCACAGUCAAGGAUCGUGCUGGUGCCAGAACUCGAAUUUUGGAAAUCUCUACUGCGAGAUGGAGCCAGCUUGGUAUCAUAUGAGCUCCCGCACUGGAAAAGCGUACCGCGGCGACAGACAUCCGUACUUCGACACCCGUGAUGCCGACGCGUUUGAAGACAAGGCCAGGAUAUGCGGAAACUGUGGCGAGGUGCAACGGUGUUUGAAAUGACCAAGAAAGGCUGUCUCGUUGAAUAAUAAAUUAUAGUCUUCGCAAAUGAGCUGCAUUUCACUGAUCGCGACUGUCAAUGGCCCCGACUGAUAGAGCAGUUAAGUGUCAUAAACCCAUUUGCGUAGCGGUCACACUGUGACACAGCUAGUACUUAACUCUGAUCUGACCUUCAACGCGCCGCUUAAUGGCGGACGACUCGUAUCCGUCAUCAGCAUGGGAGCACUCCGAUGGAAACGACCUACAAAGCGGGCCAAGCUCGCAUCAUCAUCCCGCUCAACUGAAUGAGUCUCGAGACUCAACAUCGCCCGUCACAAAUGGCUCUAUAUCCUUACCACGUUCGAGCAACGACUCGGCCGGCCGUUCGUGGCGAGAGAGCCCACCGACUACCGGCGACAAUCGCGCGCCCACAGAAACCGCCACGCUGGUCGACCCAACUUUUGACGAAAGCGUACUCAGAUCACUGUGCGAAUUGGACUGUGGUGUGCCUUUACUUCUGGACCGCAUCAAGCAGGGCAUGGUCUCAUGCCGGGAAGCAUCCGCGUUCUUGAAGAAGCGCGCCAACCUCGAAGAAGAUUACGGCAAGAACAUGCAGAAACUCGCUCGGUCAACUGCGGAUGCAUAUGCCACGAGCGAUGGGAAAGCAGGCUCUUUCGUGUCCUCUUGGCAGUCGGCUUUGAAGAUCCAUGAGACGAUAGGAGAGAAUCGUCUGCGGUUUGCCUCGAGGCUCAAUGAGAUGAGUGAGGAGCUGUCUACACUGGCAAAAGAAGUGGACAAAAAUCGUAAACAGACCAAGGAUCUGGCGACACGAUACGAACGAGCUCUACAAGAAUCAGAAGCACUAACGGACAAGCAUAGGACACGUCUCGAUUUCAUGUCCGAAGAGCUGGAACGCGUUCUGCUGCAGAAGGAAGGGGAAUCAGUGAAGGAUAAUUCCAUCCAGCCACGACAAGGCGGCGCCGGCGGGAAACGAGCGAUAGGCAAAGCGGUCGCCAAGGGUGGUCUGUUACUGAAGGGGAAGAAUCCGGGGAACAUUCAGAGGCAAGAAGACGACAUCCGUUCUCGAAUGUCAACUGCGUCGGAUGCAUACCGGAAAGCCGUGACCGACACACAAGCCAUGCGGCAAGAGUACUUCAAUUUUCAAUUGCCUCGAAUUCUUCGAGCUCUCAAGGAAUGUGUUGACGAGAUGGAUUUGGGAACGCAGUACCAUCUGACAAGAUAUGCCUUCCUGUUCGAGAGCACGGUUCUCAACGAUGGGACCACCCUUGUCCCAUCGAACGAAGACGCUUCUUCAGCUUCCGGGCUGAAGGCUACCCUGGAGCUGAUCGACAACCGAGGCGACUUCAGGUCAUACAUGCAGAAUUACGCAUACGCUCGCGGGCCUAUCACUCCCCGUGGACCGCGACGCGAAGGUCCCCCAGAAGAAGGAUUUCUUCCACCGUUGCCAACACACCAUUCUAAUGAGAAGCCUCAUGCCCCGCCCAACCUCAAUGGCAACGGCGCCAAUCCAGUGCAAGACCGGGGUCAACCAACAUUCGGUGUUGAUCUUGCGGAUCAGAUGAUGAGAGAUAAUGUGGAAGUGCCGCCCAUCAUGGAGAAAUGCUGUCAGGCCAUCGAGAAGUAUGGCAUCAAGUUGCAGGGAAUCUACAGACUAAGCGGCACAGUCUCGAAAGUGGCUAACCUGCGCCAACGUUUGGACAAAGAUCUUGAAUCUGUGGAUCUGGAUCAUAACGAAUGGUCUUCAGACAUCAACAAUGUGGCCAGUGUGAUGAAGAUGUGGCUGAGAGAAUUGCCGGACCCGCUCUUGACAUUUGAAUUGCAACAAGGUUUCAUUGAUGCCGCUAAAAUCGAGAAUGAAAGGCUGCGGCAUAUUCGACUGCAUGAGCGAGUCAAUGACUUGCCAGACGCCAAUUAUGCCACACUCAAGUAUUUUAUGGGCCAUCUCCAUCGCAUCAACCAACACGCGCAGGAGAAUUCGAUGUCUGUGCAGAAUCUGGCCAUCGUCUUCGGGCCGACCCUAUUUGGUCAACUCAAGCCCGGUGCUGCCAACAAUUCCGAAGGUGGGAUGGCGGAUGCUAGCUCGCAGAAUCUUGCGAUUGAAACCAUUCUUAUGCACUACCGGGACAUUUUUGUAGAUGAAAGCGAUGGAUAGAAUAGUUCUGGUAACUGUCAUGGACGUUUCGCUAUUUAUUCGAGCAUCUGUACGGCACUGUUACAUUAGCGCACGCAACCUGGAAUAUCAGAGGCCGAGGCGGCCAGUACCCAUGACGCAUGCCCAUCGUACGACCAUGAAGAGCCCGACGGGAAGAGAAUUCGUCUCAGCGUGGGACAAACACGGCACCACUCUGCGCAGAGAGCAGCCUCAGAAGCCGUGUUGGCCUGUCUCGUGGCUUCGGUCUGAGCGGGAGCCACGAGUUCGGUCGGUGACAGGUCAAAUAGAACUAAAUGACUGUAUUUGCUCAGGACUGCCGAUAGCCCGGUGAGAAGCGUCUAUUCCUUUGCAAGGUGUGGUGAGACACCUGGAGAACGG